AUGCUUUGUACGUCUGCGCCCUGGGACUCUAUUUCCCAGAAGGUCUUGCGAAGCGCCCUGGGACUCCAUUUCCCAGAAGUUCCGGGAGGGGGCCCGCCCUGGGUUACCGGGGCGCAACUGCUCCUGAACUUGGACCCAAGAAGGUGGCAGGUGAGGAGCUCCGGAGCCUGUGAGGGGCUCUGGAGUCCGUGCGGGGUCCGGCGCCGCGGCUGGGCUUGCCCAGGGCCUGGGAAGAACUGGGACGUCCGGCCUCGCUCUGCCGUCUCAGGACUCCACCCUUCUCCAAGAGAGGUCCCAGGAGAAGAUUCAUCGGUCCUUGAAGUUCUAAAAGCCAUGUCCCUGGGAUCAUUCCUGUUCAGGGACGUGGCCAUAACCUUCUCCCAAGACGAAUGGGCGCAGCUGGCACCAGCUCAGAGGGAUUUGUACAGAGACGUGAUGCUGGAGACGUACAGCAACCUGGUCUCGCUGGGUGAGGUGCUGGCUGGUAUCUGA